AUGAAGUUGAUAUCCCCUCUCAGCUCGUUUCUUCUCCUCUGUAUCUCAGUCACCAAUGCAUUGCCCAGUAAUGUCUGUACGGACAAUCUGGACGCAAUCAGCGAUAUAGCGAAGGCACAACUGGGUCCCGUCAUGGACGAACUGGUCUGCAGUAAAGGUCUAAAGCCCGGGAAAGCAGACUGGAAAUGGCUCGAGCCCCACUUCCAGGAUGUCAUCAAGAAUCUCAGAGAAUGCCCCCAGAAACCAGUUUUACCAAACUACAAACCAAAAGUCCAAGUCCUUGGAGACAGAAUUGUGCAGAGAUGUACAAAGGCCUCCCACAAUUACUGCAACGAAGAAGAUCUGAAGGCGAUCAAAAGUUGCGCAGUCUCGGAAGCAAUGGGAUGGGGUAUAAUGAACAUGGAUAUGCUGAAAUACACCGAUGAUAAAAACUGUGAAAAGCUCGUCCAAUGCUUGAAGGAGCCAGAAACCUGGGUUUUUGGUAAAGAGUUGAUAGCACAAUAUGCCAAGUAUAAAGAGUUAGUCGUUGAGAAGGUCCCCAAAUGA